AUGAGCAUCGAUUCGAAAAUGCAAAGCAAACAAGAUUCGAAACGAGGCGUGAAAUCGAUAGAUCAGAGUCUCCGAUCGUCGGAUCGUCCGACCCGCAAGAAGCACGAAGAUAUGGACUGGUACCACGGGCUGCUGCCCCGAGCGGACAUCAAUACGCUUCUGAAGAACGACGGCGACUUUCUAGUGCGCACCUCGCAUAUAACUGGGCAAGAUUCCGCGAAAACGGUGUUGUCUGUGAAAUGGAAGGGGAAAUGCCAUCACUGGCAAUUGCAGGAGAAGGAAGACGGUGAGCACACAAUUCGAAUUCUGAUGAAAAGCACAGAACUGCAGGUUCGAUCACGAUCGAAGAGCGCAAGUUCGAAGACGUGCUGGAUAUGGUGACGACUCUCCGUCUGAAACGGCUCCCGGUCUCGAGCCAAUGCCAGGCGCUUCUUUUGACUCCGAUCAACAAACAAGAAUGGGAGCUCCGUCACGAUCAGAUUGUGCUCGGCAAGAUGCUCGGAGAAGGCGCGUUCGGAGGAGUCUACAAGGCGACAUUCUACUGCAAAGGCGAGAUGAAGAUGGUGGCGGUCAAAGUGAACAAGGGAAACGAGAAAAUCAGCACGAGGAACAUGAUAGAAGACGUGUGCAAGGAAGCGAGAAUCAUGAGAGAAUACCAACAUCCGAACGUCGUCUGCUUCUACGGAGUCUGUGUGGAAAGAGUGAGCAUUCUGUGAAGACGCUCGUAAACUUUUCACUUCUUCAGGAGCCAAUAAUGCUGGUGAUGGAGCUGGCCAAUCAGGGAGCCCUCGACUCUUUCCUCCAGAAUCCCGCCAACAAUGUGACGUUGAGGGACAAGCUCAAGUACUCGUUCGACGCCUCCAAAGGUCUCGAGUACCUCCACCAGCACGGAUGUAUUCAUCGUGACGUGGCGGCUCGCAACUUUUUGAUGCACAAAAACGUUGUCAAAAUCACCGAUUUCGGACUGUCCAAGCAACUUUCCGAUCUUGCGCAUAAGUACAAACUGAAAGAUCUUCAAGCGAAACUUCCGAUCCGUUGGCUGGCUCCGGAAGUCAUCGUUUCGGCUACGUACACUUUCAAAUCGGACGUCUACUCGUUCGGAAUUCUGUUGUGGGAGGUAAGUAAUUACUUUGUUUGCUACUCUUCUGAUACUCAGACCAUUUUCAGAUAUUCAUGGACGGAGCGAUUCCGUAUCCUGGAAUGAAGCUGGCCGAAGUGAGACAAAAAGUGAAGGCCGGAUUUAGAAUGGAAGCUCCUGAUCGGAUGCCGACGUUCGUUCGCAACAUCAUGGUGAAUCAGUGCUGGCCGCAAAACCCGGAAGAUCGCGGCAAUAUGAUGGAGAUUCGGACGGCCAUGGAAAACGUGCUCGACGGAAAAGUGUCGGCAAACAAUAACCGUUCCGUAUACUACAAAAGCUAA